AUGACGUCGAUGUUUUCUUCGAAUACCCCCUAUUCUGGAGUCACGACUCAAGAGAUGCACACACGUGACGUCACCUAUCGACGUCACAACCGCAACACAUCCGGCGGCACGCGCGCGCGCGUCGUCACUUCAGCACACGCUCGACCACUCGUCGACCACCGCAAACAGCAAAACACUCACACAAAAAUGUUUACCAUCGCCUCCAAGUCCGUGACCGCCCAAGCGCGCGUCACCAAGCGCGUCGCGCUCAAGCGCAGCGCCCGCAUGAUGCGCGUCGCCGCCGAACCGUCGGACAACUCCGUCGGCAAGGACGUCGCGGACGCGAACGCCGAGUGGGCGCAAAAGGGCGAGCAAAUGAACGCCAAGCAAUUCUCCGACGCGAUCGACCCGGCCGACGGUUCGAUCGCCGAGGCCGCGCCGCUCGGGAACGACAACUCGAUGCUUGACAACGUCAUGGUUGCCUUCAAGGAUUCCCGAGCCGUGGAAAUCAUCAACGGCCGCGCCGCCAUGGUCGGUUGGAUGCUCGCCCUCGGGGGUGAGCUCUCGUCCAACACGAGCAUGAUGUCCCAAGUGUUCCACGAGCGCACGUUCACGCUCGCGGAUGGGGUGACGCGCACGUCGACGUACCCGGCGGCGGGCUUCUUUGAAAUUUUCAUCGUUGUCAUGCUCUCGCUCGCGGCGUCUCUCGCCCCGUCGCUCAAGAAGAGCUCGCCGAACGGCUUGAACGAAAAGCCGGAAACUUUCGGUCCGUUCAACCCGGACGCGGAGAUGACCAACGGCCGCGGUGCCAUGAUCGGCUUAGUCGCGCUUCCGCUCGCCGAGAAGAUCUUCACCUCAGGCAGCGCCUUGUUCUAA